CACACACACACAAAAAAGAGCUGCAACAAAGAUGAAGUUUUUGGUGGGGAUGGUGGUAGGUUGGAUCUACGGUAUGAUCUACCACAACGAAUUUGGGCAGAGUUCACCUAAACCAGUUAAGGCGGCGGCGGCGCCGCCGGCGGUGCCACCUCAGGUGGAUGACGAGGAAUUCACGGUCGAAACACGAGACCCUCCGCCUGCGCACUUCAUUAGCAAGAUCGAAUCGUUUUCCUUGCUUACCACUUAUAAGAUUAAGAAAUACGAAACACGUGAAUUUGUCGCCGGAGAUCACAAAUGGAAACUCAUAAUCCAUCCCGAGGGUAUAAAAGACAAUAACUAUGUGUCCGUAUACUUGGCCAUGACCGAAACAAGUUCUCUGCCCGCAAAUUGGGAGGUUAAUGCCAUCUUCACCAUUUUUUUGCUAAAUCAAAUCUCCGACAAGUAUAUGUGUUUUCGAGGAAAAUUGCGGCGUUUUAAUCAAUUGAAGUCGACAUGGGGAUUUUCCAAAUUAAUAACUAAGAAAAAAUUGAGAGAUGAAUUGAACGGAUACAUUGUUGAUGAUAGUUGCGUAUUUGGAGCCGAGGUUUUUGUGGUGAAAAGCGAACGAGUAGUGGAGUGUGUGUCUCUACUCAAAGUGUAUCCACAGAAACGUCAAUUGAAGAUUCCCGACUUAUCCGGAUCGGGAGCUUGCAAAACUUCCGAAGAAUUCUCCUCCGGAGAUUACAAGUGGAGGGUUUUGUUAUAUCCAAACGGAAACGAAAACGAAAAGGGGCAAAGCGUAAGUAUAUAUUUGGAGUGUGUUAGUGCCAAGAGCUUCGGUCCGCAUCAGAAGCUCAAGGCAGAGUAUUGCAUGCGCCUUAAAGGCAAGAACGAUGCUACCUGCUCCACCGAAAAAUUUUCGAGCUGGUUUACGUCUUCGACUUUGGCUUGCGGCACACAUGCAUUAACAAGGAUUGAUAAGUUGUUCGACGCAAAUAAAGGAUUCAUCGUCGAUGAUUGCUGCAUUGUCGAAACGGAAAUAUCCGUCCAAGCUGUCGUCUGAUAUAAGUUGAUUAUUUGAAUUUCUUUUUCCACAUAUUUGAUUUUUUACAUUGGAUUUCAAAUUCUUAAUUCUCUAUUU